CGGAUCUUCCCGAAACUUUUGAGAUCGUCGCAAGUUUAUAUCAAUUUGAGCCUUCCACUAUUUCUGGAUUGGCAGUCUCUUGAAAUUUUAUUAUUCUUUUUCGUCUUUCUGUUCUUAGCAUUCUUGAGAGAAGUCCAAUUAUUGAAAGUCUGCAGCUUUUUUUUACUCUAUUAUUAUUAUAUACUUUAGGAACGAACACUGUCAUGGGUCUUUGGACCAAAUCCAUGUCGUAGCUAAGGCAUCUUGAUUACUACGAGUACGAGUUUGUGAGAUAAGCAAAAUGGCUUCUGCGAAAGGCCCUUUUAAAAAGGGUCAACCUUCGAUUAAGCAUAGUUGCAACUUCGGUGAGGCUAAAAGGAAGCUUUCAAAGAUGAGUGAUCAUGAACAUGUUGAGUAUCCAUAUGCUCCCUCCCAGAGGCACAACCACAGCAAACGAGGAGAGACUAAGUUGAGUCAAAUACUGAGCAGAGAUGCGCUUGUAUCAGCAGUUGACUUGAUCUGGGAUCGCUCCGAUUCUGUUUCUACUGAUUUGUUCAGCUCACUGAAGGAACCAAAUUUAGACAGAGACCAAGUCACUAAGUUCAAUGUCUCGGCUGAGUCUCAGCUGGUUAGAGUUCCUGAGAAGAUGUGCUAUGAUCAAAACUAUAAGCAAUCUUUCUUUAGUGGAGCCAAACGUAACGGUUUUCUCUUGGAGGCUAGCUGGAUGGAAACUAUUACUAGGCUUUAUACUGACAUUGAGAAGAAAGAAUGUUUUCAAGACUGUAUUUUCAAUCUAGACAUAACUUCAGGAAACGCCAAUAGCUGUGCAGAGGAGGAGGGACACUCCACUUCAGUUGAAUCUCUAUUAACAAGCACCACACAAUCAUCCAGAUCUAUGGAUGUGAACUCUCUCUUUAUACUUUACAAAGAUAGGUGUGCUAAUAACAGAGGAGUGAACUUUAUAAGUUCGAAACAUAGCAGCACGGACUGCCCUUCUAAGAUUUCUUCUUGUUCAGGGAAUGAUCCACACAAAGACAGCUUAUCUAUGCCUGAGGGAGAUAGAAAAGACCAAGAGAAUGAAGCUUGUUCGUCCUCUACGGAAACGCCUACUUACGCCUUUGCUAAACAUCGGCAUGCUUUUGCUGGGGCGUUGGCUGGUGUCAGCGUCAGUCUUUGUCUUCAUCCACUUGAUACUGUCAAGACAUUGAUUCAGUCAUGCCGCUUGCAGGAGAAGUCUCUAUGCUUUACCGGGAGAUCAAUUAUAUCUGAAAGAGGUGUUUCUGGACUUUAUCGGGGGAUUGCUAGCAACAUUGCCUCAUCAGCUCCUAUCUCUGCCCUUUAUACAUUCACCUAUGAAUCAGUUAAAGGAGCUAUGCUCCCUGUUUUUCCCAAGGAAUAUUGCUCUCUUGCCCACUGUGUAGCCGGGGGUUCCGCAAGCGUUGCAACUUCUUUCAUUUUCACGCCAAGUGAGCGUAUAAAACAGCAAAUGCAAGUCAGUUCGCAUUAUCGUAAUUGCUGGACUGCAUUAGUUGGAAUCAUCCAGAAAGGUGGUCUACUUUCUCUAUAUGCUGGAUGGAGUGCAGUGCUAUGCCGAAAUAUCCCGCACUCGAUCAUUAAGUUCUAUGUUUAUGAAAACAUGAAGCGAAUGGUAUUACCAUCCCUUGGUCCUGGUGAUCAAGCGGCUCAACCAACAACACUGCAAACGCUCAUCUGUGGAGGACUAGCGGGAUCUGCUGCUGCCUUUUUCACAACCCCAUUUGAUGUAGUGAAAACAAGAUUGCAAACUCAGAUUCCUGGAUCUAAGACCCAACAUCCUAGUGUGUAUCAAGCUCUUCAAUCAAUAAGGAAACAAGAAGGUCCACGAGGGCUAUACAGAGGUUUGAUCCCCAGACUGGUGAUGUACAUGUCCCAAGGAGCUAUAUUCUUUGCCUCAUAUGAAUUUUACAAGAGUAUACUCUCUCUAGAAGAUCUGUCAGCUCGCUGGCACAAAACAAAUGAUGGAGAUAACCCUAACCCAUUAUAGGACAAGGAUAGUUAAAGACUGCAUCACGUGUAAUUCAUACCAUUUUUGGGCUAUGUAACUAUUGUUUUGAUGAAAAUUCAUUUUGUGCAUAGUACUUUUUGACCGGAUAGUUAAAGACUGCAGCACGUGUAAUUCAUACCAAUUUUGGGCUAUGUGACUAUUGUUUUGAUGAAAAUUCA